ACGGGAAGCUCACUGCCACUGCCGCCACUCUCCUCACCGACGGACUGCGCUUCACUACGCACCUCUCCUACCCCGACAACGCCCAAUGGCGUCCUCGACGACCACUUCACUCAAGACCGACGGCAAUCCUAUGAGCUUUAUCUCGUCCAUCGAGCCCCUCACAGGAGGGAACUACGGCUCAUCGCGAGAGAAGGUCGAGAUAGCACUUGCGCUGUCCGACAUUGAUUUGGCACUGACUGCUCCCUGUCCCACAGAACCUCAGGACCCCGUGAGGGCCGAAAAUGAAAGUGAGGAUGAUUUUGACAAAAGGGUGCGCGACCAUGCACCAAUAAGAAUGCAGUACGAUCUCGAUCGUGCGAAGUGGGACUCGUCCAACAGAAAGUGCCUGAUGGUGAUCAAAAGCUCCAUCACAGAAGCAAUUAGGGGAGCAAUCCCAGAAUGUAAGACCGCCACUGAGUACCUGACAAAAGUGGAGAGUCAGUUUACUGGCUCUUCAAAAGCAUAUGCAAGCACCCUCAUAAGGAAGCUUGUUACUGCGAAGUACACUGGCGGCGGUGUAAGGGAACACAUAUUGCGAAUGAGCAAUAUGUCUUCCAAGCUAAAGUCUAUGGAGAUGGAGCUUCCAGAAGCCUUCAUAGUUCAUCUGAUCUUCACCUCACUACCAAAAGAAUUUGAAGCUUUUGCUGUGAAUUACAACUCGCAGCCAGAAAAGUGGGGUGUUGAAAAGAAGAAGAGAGGCUUAAGGGCUCAUCCAGUGAUACUAUAAAUUACCUGAGCCAAAAUAAGAAGAGGAAUUUUCAGAAUUCUAAGCCACAAGGGAAACCUCAAUGGAACGCCUCUUCUUCCAAGGCACAUGGAAAGGCUCCAAUGCAAGAUCACCAUCAAAAAUCAAACCAUGAAGUGGUGGUGGAUAAGGAUACUUGCAAGUGGUGCAAGAAGAAGGGACACUAUCAGAAGGAUUGUCCAGAAUUCCUGAAGCACUUGAUGAAAAAAGGGAUUCCAUACGAGGAGGAUCCUGCAAAGAGGAGAAAGAAGCAUUAAAGUUGCAAACGGCGUCCAAGCUGAAGUCGAAGCCGUCGGAGAACUCCCAUUAGAAUUAGCAAAUGGAUUUAUACUUCACUUGAGAGAUGUUCUUUUUGUACCCUCUUUGCGUAGAAACUUAAUAAGUGUGUCGCGCUUAGAUGAUGAUGGUUUUGCUUGUCAUUUUGGUGAUGGACAAUGUAAAAUCAAGUUUAAUAAUGAGAUUGUUGGUCUUGCCUUCCUA